AUGAAUUCUCUCACAUCUAUCCUGCGUCGCCAGCGUCAGCUGCCUGCAUUGCCGCGGGUCUAUGGUGCCCAGCGCAUCCCACCUUCAGCAAUGGUCCGCCAUUAUGCCACGGUCCGCAAGGAACAUACGACCACCUCUAAGACGAUCAACUUUAUCCUCGGCACCGGUAUCGUCGUCGGAGGUCUAGUCGGAAUCUCAUAUGGAUUCGACUCGCGUGCCUCCAUCCACAAGUAUGUGCUCGUUCCCUUGAUGCACUGGACCAUGGACCCCGAGACGGCUCAUAAGGCCGGCAUUAAGCUGUUGAGCAUGGGAAUUAGCCCCUGGGAUACACAGCACGAUGACCCCACAUUGGAAGUCAAGCUCUGGAACAAGACCUUCUCAAACCCAGUGGGAAUAGCUGCUGGAUUCGACAAACAUGCCGAGGCAAUUGACGGACUGUUUGAUCUGGGAUUCGGCUAUGUUGAGGUUGGAAGCGUCACUCCUGAGCCCCAGCCUGGUAACCCUCAACCUCGUAUGUUCCGCCUUCCAGAGGACAAGUGCGUGAUUAACCGCUACGGAUUCAACUCGGAGGGCCACAAGGCGGUCGAGACGCGUCUUCGCCAGCGUAUCAAGCGGUUCUUGUACAAACAUGCUCAGUCCUUUGUGGAUCAUCUCUCCACCAACCGCUCUCUGCGCGAUGACCGUAUCUUGGCCGUGAACUUGGGCAAGAACAAGGCCUCGACACCGGAAUCUGUGGAAGACUACGUACUGGGUGUCGAGCGUCUCGGACACUAUGCGGAUGUUUUGGUUGUCAAUGUCUCGUCACCUAAUACCCCCGGACUGAGGUCAUUGCAGCGCAAGGACAUGCUUGAGGACUUGUUGCGUCAGGUUAUCAGUGCUCGCGACCGCCUGCAGUCCGCUUACAAACCCCCAUUGCUGGUUAAGAUCGCACCCGAUCUAUCGGAAGAAGAGCUCAAGGAUGUUUCUGAGGCAGCUUUGUCAACCAAGGUGGACGGUAUCAUCAUUUCCAACACAACAAUUUCGAGGCCCAGCACAUUGAUCAACAAGGAGAACGCAAAGGAAGUCGGAGGACUUUCGGGACCCGUCGUCAAGCCUCUGGCUUUGCGGGCUCUUCGCCAGGUUUACAAACAUACCGGAGGAAAGAUUCCUUUGGUCGGCUGCGGAGGUAUCUCUACUGGCGAGGAUGCUUUGGAAUACGCUAGAGCAGGAGCAAGCAUGGUGCAACUUUACAGCAGUAUGGCGUAUGAGGGGCCAGGAAUCGCUCGUGCUGUGAAGGACGGCAUCGUCAAGGGUUUGAAUGGACGCAAGUGGAUGGACAUUGUUGGCGAGGACACUAAGAAGGCUGGCAACUAG